UAGUAUUGAUUUUAUGAGUACAUAUAUCGUAAAAUAAUAGUGCAGCGCUUCUUCAAUGUCUACUGUUUACCGUGGUUUGUUCUUACCAAAGUUCAUGCGGUCAACAUUUAGGUUACUCCUGGCGAAAUAAGCACGCAGCAGUGCAUAUAAUCAAGAGGACUAAGCGCUGAACCAAGCAGAAACAAGAUUGCUGACUUGUGUCUGUAGAAGCUUAGAAAAUGGCCGGCGCUUUCGUGUGGAACUUCUUCGUCCCUCCACCCAGCGGCGACCUGCCCAAACUAGUGGAGUACUGGUUCUAUGUCGGGAACCACGUUGUCAACCAUCACCCAGACUUCCUGGCGACACACCUGCACAAGAAUCUGGACCCGAACCCUAAGUUCGUCUAUGUGAACUUCGGGAUCUUCAAAACCGACGGAUUCAUAUCUGGAAGAGGCAGGACAGAAGACAUGAGACGUGUCAUGAUGGAAGCCCGCAAAAUCAAAGAGGAUGCAAAGGGUUUGAUGGGUGGUUUUGUAGAAGUGGCCGUGACUACUGGGAAGUCACCAUACCCGUACGAACGCCCCAGUACCGCUCGCUUCAUUGUCUCAAACUUCACGGUACCUGACGAUGUGUCAUCUGAGGAUUUCGAGGCCAACUGGCAAGACUGGACGGGAGUCAGUCUGUUGGAGAAGGAAGCAUCCCCCGACAUGGGGUACGUCUACUCCGCUCUGUACAGGAGGGUGACACCCCACGGACCCUACCGAUACGUGGUACGGUCCGAGUUCACGGGGCUGCACGACAAGCACGAAGCCGGCUUCGGGCUCGUCGGCAAACUUCGGGACUACUUCGGUUCCGAAGCGCUGACAAGCAAGAAGAUCGAAGCCGACGCUACCAUGUGCAGUGUUGUUAUUGACAUGCAAAAGUAUUAAACUUAACUAUCACCUAUUCCCACAUAUCUGGUUACUUUAUGAAAAGAAAGAUUGGGGAUUAGUGGUGCAUUUUUAGUUUGGAGCUUUUUGUUUCUUUUUAAUAAAGAGACUAAUGGAAGUUCUACUCCCAGGGUAUUCGUUUUCUUCUGUCGUUUUCUUGUAGCAUGUUGAUUAUGCAGUUAAAUGGAUCUUAAAAACGAAAAUAAAAUUUUGUCUUUGG